GUGCGUUUCCACUGGCACGCAGCGAGCACAGCGGAGUGAGCGUUUUCAAUUCAUUCCUAUGGUAGUUGAGCUUAAAUGCUUGCGCGGUGCAUUAUGGGAUUGAAAGCAGCACGGAGAAAGCGUUGAGAGCAGCCGAGACCGUCAAAAAUGUUGGGCAUUCCUCGACUUUAUGCAAAUAUCGAGCGAAAAACGCCGGGCGACAACCAAUCGCUGUGAAAAGAAGAUGAACCGCAAACAGGGUGUUCUGCCCUAAAUUUGACACGACCCAAAGCAGUGGCGUUGUAGCCUUGCCUGAUACUGAGCACAGUUUUGAUGCUGUAGUGGAAACACACCGUAAGGGGGCUGCAGCGCCGCAUGCAGUCGAAUAAGCCUAUUAUGUGCCACCGUAUCAGAGAUAGUAGCAGUAGGAUGGGUGGGUGUUUGCGAAUGGUAAAUUGGGACCAGCAACUGUUUGGUUACCAACAUUCUUCAAAAUAUCUUCUUUUGUGUUCAACAGAAGAAAGAACCUCAUACAGGUUUGGAAAAUCUUGAUGAUAGUGGCAUUAGAGAGGCAGGUGUUUGAUUUCUUGGGCUACCAGUGGGCUCCGAUCCUUGCAAACUUCUUCCACAUCCUGGUUGUCAUCCUGGGAUUGUUUGGCACCAUUCAAUAUAGACCUCGCUACAUUGUGGUGUAUACUGUGUGGACAGCGCUGUGGGUGGCCUGGAAUGUCUUUAUCAUCUGCUUCUACCUGGAGGUUGGAGGUCUAUCAAAGGACAGCGACCUCUUGACCUUUAACAUCUCGGCACACCACUCCUGGUGGAGCGAGCACGGGCCGGGCUGUGUCCGAAGAGAGAUCCCCGCCAGCGGAAACCGUAGUGCAGAUGCACAGUCCUAUAUAUCCAUCAUGGGCUGCCUGCUGGAGUACCAGUACAUUGAAGUCCUGCACAGCAGCUUCCAAAUCCUUAUCUCUCUGCUGGGUUUCAUCUACGCCUGCUACGUCAUCAGUGUCAUCACAGAGGAAGAGGACAGCUUUGAUUUUAUUGGUGGAUUUGACCCAUUCCCACUCUACCAUGUCAAUGAGAAACCAUCUCAUCUUCUGUUAAAGCCCGUGCAUCAGUCUUCGUAAAUGAAAGUGUGUCGUGAAGAAGAGCCGGUCUGCCCAUUCCUCCUCUCUGCUCCUCUCCUCUGUUUAAAACGCUUCCUAAUCGCCCCAAAUCAGCCCUUUCUGGAGUUAUGGACGAAACACAGCUGCUCCAUCAUACACUCUGGCACAUUAUUCCAGCUGCCUCAUUUAGACGCUCUUACAAGUGGAUGUAAAACAUAUCUAAACAAAAAGGCCCAGUAUUUUGUUGGUGUGGUGUGUGGUCCAUGCGUUUGAGUUAUUCAAGGGGAGUUGAGAUGUUGAGGUUCACCGAGUUCCAGCUCUGUUUGUGUGUGUGGAGGAGGGCCAUUGUGUGCUGUUUACCUUCACACAGGAUUUGCCCAGUAAAACCGAGCAGGGAGCCGAGAGGAGGAAAACGGGUGCGGCCCCAAAAAAAAAAAGAACAAAGCAAGCUGACCUCCUGUGGCAGUCCAAAAUAGAAGCAAAGGAAGUAUAAAAUAUAAAUACAAGAAACAAUUAGAGCUUUUCUGAGUUGUUUUGUGUCAUAGUGUGAUGUACAAUUCACAUAAUUCACUGUAAAAUUCAGUUUUAGUCUUUUAUUUUUUUGAUUUAUAUGCAGUUAACCCCGAAUCACACUAAACAAUGUAUAAUAGUCAUUAAAUUAGAUCAAAUAUACAUCUGGCUGAUUUGUUUUCAGAUGCUUAUUAAUAGAUUUGCAUCUAAUGCAAUGCAAUUUGUGCAUUUUAAGUGUGUCUUGAGUGUUUUGGGGUUACUGUGCAUGCUGUCAGUAUUUUUAAUGUUAAUAAUCAUCAUUUAUUGCACAAUGUGUUUGUAUCAGCCUUUAGAUCGAACAGAAACUAGUUUGGGCUUCCUCUGGUAGUCAGUCAGUACCGGCAGUACAAAUAUUACAUAACCUCAUACUGUUUUCAUAAUUGAUAUUAUAACAGGACUGGCUGAUGUUAUGAAAUAGAAAACGGUUCUUUCAUCUGAAUGGUGCUUGUAAUCAAAUAUUAGUUUGUGAACAAAUCGUCAGCAUGUUGUUCUAUGAAUACGAGUAGCGGUUGAGUGGCUGUCAAUGUCUUUCACUGUAGAUGCAGAGCUACUGUAACUGUUUACUGGAAACAUAAACCUCAAAGCACAAAUGACUGACCUGACAUGUAUCAUAGUAUGUGUGUGUGUGUGACAUGUUUUGAAGAGAGGGACUGUGUAAUUCUUUCCAAAUUGAGAUGUGGUCAGUAUGUAUUUUCUAACUUUCAUAGUCACAUAGUUGCUUGUUAUCCCAAAUAUUUCAUAUCAUGAGACGUGAGUACUGCUUUGGCGGCAUUUUGGGUGCUUGUGGAACUGGAUAUAUUGUAGUCUUAAAGGAAUAGUUCAUCCUUGCUAUUGCUUAUAAGUAUUCAUUUUUCCCUUGAAAUGCAAAAAAAGGAGAACUUUUGAAAAAUGCUCACGUUGCUCUUUUCCAUAAAAUAAAAAAGUCAAACAAAGCACCAUAAAAGUGGUCUCUCCUAAAAAUAAAGUUUAUUUAUUGACAUCUGUGGUUCCAUGAAGACACUUUAACAACCAUGGAACCUUUCUGUUACACAAAAGGUUCUUCAUAUUGUUCUUUACUUAGAAAAAAACAUAGUUCUUUAAAGAACUGUUCACUGCAAGGUGUGGAACCAAAAAUGGUUCUUCUAUGGCAACCCCCUUUUGACACAGAGUGCGUAUGAAUACUGUACGUUCGAAGUCAUCUGAAGUCAUAGCUUUGUGCUUUUGUUGUUUGGAAAAGAGCAGCUUGAACAUUUCACAGAACAUCAUCUUUUGUGUUCCUCAGAAGUAAGUAAAUCAACAGUUUUGUUUCAACAUAAGGGCGAGUAAAUUAUGAAAAUGUUCAUUUUAUAGGUGAACUGCUCCUUUAAAUGUUGAAGUUAGGGGAAGUUUUAGCAAUUGCCAAUUAACUAAAUGGCAAAAACUAAGGUUUUCAGCUUAAUAACAUGGUUAUCUGGUUCAGUGUUCUGUUAGAUCCUCAUAUCGGUCAUGAAUCUAUCCUGCCCCCUAGUGUUCAAUGUCUUUCUGUACAAGACAGCACAACUCUAUGUACCAGGAAAAUUGCAUUUUGUACCACUCUCUGAAAAUACUCCUGUAUAUUUGUAAUUGUAGAGUUUAGGAUAUUCACCAUAGGCCAGCAAUGGUAGUCUGCUGCAGAAGUGUUAUAAGGAGAAAAAGAAUGAUAUAGAUUUAUAUCACACCUCUCCCCUCAUCUGUAUGUCUCGGUCUCUUUUUACAGGUGUUUUUUGUAAGCACUUUUUUGUAUCUCUUUUCUGUGUUUGGUCUCUUCUCCAUAGUUAUUCAUUGACUGCCUGUCCAUCAACACAUUUGCUGACCAGAGUGUAAAUAGAUGUUUGUUAAUAAAAGUAUGCUUUUCAUCUACUGAC